AUGGAUGUGGGUACUCAGAGGGUGCCCCCACGGAAGGAGGUGGCUACCCAGGUCACAGACUACCGGGUCAUGGGGGACAGCCCUGACCAUGGCUGUGUUUGGUGUUGUGACAUAUUUGAUGUCCCUCAGUGCAGUGAUUCAGAUCGUUGUGGCUGGAAGCAAAGGCUCCACUCAACUCCUGAAAAACGCUGCAUCCAAGUGCUCAAAGUAGUUGAAAACCUUGGUGUGAGCUAUGUAAGAGGUAAUGAGCAAUACAAAACUAAGCUGGAGGGUGAGCUCCGGAAACUUAAGUUUCCCUACAAAGCUUUGGUUGAGGAUGAUUAUGAUGCAAGAAGAAAAGACCAUAUCUCUCAUUUCAUACUGCGCCUUGCUUACUGUCAGUCUGAGGAUCUCAGGCGUUGGUUUCUUCAACAAGAGAUGGAUCUCUUGCGAUAUCGCUUCAAUGAACUAACUGACAGUUUAAGACAAAAGUUCCUGGAAUAUGUCAACUUAUCAUUUGAAGCUAUUACUGAAGACCUGAAAAAUGAGUUGGCAAAUGAGCUCCUAGCAUCAACUCCUGGCCUCAGUAUGAUUAAAGUAAAAGAGCAAAUGUUCUAUAAGGUUGAACUUGCAGAUGCUGUGGAUCUAUUUAGAGCCAGAAGAGUGUUUGUUAAAGAUGGCUUUGCAUAUGUGCCACUAAAGGAGAUUGAUGCGAUUGUUUUGAAUAACUACCGAACAAAGUUAUCUAAAGCAUUGGCGUUAACAGCACGAUCGCUGCCUUCCAUACAGUCUGACGAGCGACUACAGCCUCUGCUAAAUCAUCUCAGCCAUUCAUAUGUUGGCCCAGAUUACAGCGUGCAAAAGAACACUGGAAAAAUUUCUCUAGAACAGAUAGAUUCUCUGUCUGUGAAAUCCUUCCCUCUUUGCAUGCGCCAGUUGCACAAGGCCCUGCGUGAUAACCAUCAUCUCCGGCACGGAGGCCGUAUGCAGUACGGUCUGUUCUUAAAAGGCAUUGGCUUGACUCUGGAACAGGCACUGGAAUUUUGGAAGAAAGAAUUUAUCAGAGGAAAAGUGGAUGCAGACAAGUUUGACAAAGGAUACGCUUACAGCAUUCGCCACAGCUAUGGGAAAGAAGGAAGGAGAACUGAUUAUACCCCAUACAGCUGCAUGAAGAUUAUCAUGUCCAAUCCGCCAAGUCAAGGGGAUUAUCAUGGGUGCCCAUUCCGCCACAGUGAUCCUGAGCUAUUGAAGCAGAGGCUGCAGUUGUACAAGGUCCCUCUCAGUGGAAUAACUCAGAUUCUGGAGUUGGUGAAGGGCAUGCAUUACCAGCUGGCCUGUCAGAAGUACUUUGAGUUGACACAUGAUGUUGAUGACAUUGGGUUUUCUUUGAAUCAUCCUAAUCAGUAUUUUACAGAGAGUCAAAAGGUAUUAAGUGGCGGCAGAGAACUGAAGAAGGAACUAGGUAAUUCAGGAAACUCUCAACAAAGAAGUAAUACUCAGGAAAGCAUGAAUUCAAAUUGCACUCCCACCUCUUCAAAUACCACAGCUGAUGCAGAACUGGAGGGACUGGAGGCAUACUUCACUGAAGACUAAGCAGCUGUCAUA